GCGGAGCGUGUGCGGCCGGGGAAGCCAUUGCCUGGUUAAUAGUUGCUGUUGCUGCACUUCCGCUUCUCUCCCAGCGAGAGCGAGACACGAGUGGCCAGGCCCAGCCGCAGCCGCAGCAGCAGCCGCGGCGGCGGCACGGAGCAGCCAGACACAAAGAGAGGGGCCGUUCGCGGGGUGGGGUGGGGGGUUCGCUAUGUCGGAUGACGAUUCGAGGGCCAGCACCAGCUCCUCCUCAUCUUCGUCCUCCAACCAGCAGACCGAGAAAGAAGCCAGCACCCCCAAGAAGAAGGAGAGUAAAGUCAACAUGAGCAAAAACUCGAAGCUCCUCUCCACCAGCGCCAAGAGGAUCCAGAAGGAGCUGGCGGACAUCACUUUAGACCCACCACCAAACUGCAGUGCUGGUCCCAAAGGUGACAACAUCUAUGAGUGGAGAUCAACCAUUCUCGGGCCUCCAGGGUCUGUGUAUGAAGGCGGUGUAUUCUUCCUUGACAUCACUUUUACACCAGAAUACCCUUUUAAGCCUCCAAAGGUUACAUUUCGUACGAGAAUUUAUCACUGUAAUAUUAAUAGCCAAGGAGUUAUUUGCUUGGACAUAUUGAAAGACAACUGGAGCCCAGCACUAACCAUCUCGAAAGUCCUCCUCUCUAUCUGCUCACUCCUUACAGACUGCAACCCUGCUGACCCUCUGGUGGGAAGUAUUGCCACUCAGUAUAUGACCAACAGAGCAGAACACGACAGAAUGGCCAGACAGUGGACCAAGAGAUAUGCUACAUAAACUGGGCUUUCACAGUUCUUACCUUGUCUGUCACAGAAGGAGCUGCUUAUGGUUUUGAAAGGGUGGGGGGUGGGAGUUGGUAAAGAGUAGGGUAUUUCUAUAACAGAUAUUAUUCAGUCUUACUUCCCAGGAUUUUGUUGUAACUUAAGGUAUCUUGCUACAGUAGACAAAUUGGUAAUAGCGACUUUUAGAGCUGUCAGUUUGCAAAAUUAGUUGACUUUUAGUACAAGAAGCAGGAAUGUAUGUGUAGACACUUGGGUUCCAUUGAUUGUAGUCUACUGUAAUUUCCCAAUCAGCUUAAAUUGGUAUAGGUUACACACAUGGCCAUUUAUGUAAAAUCCUAUUUUCUGGUUUGAAAAAAGAUUGGAGUUUGUUUAUCCUUC